GCCAAUCAGCAGAUUCCACCUCCUGUUUGAUGUUUCCGGAUUUCCGCAGCAGUAGCGGAGACUGAGUCACCAUCUGAAGAGGCACCAUGGUGUACAUAUCCAACGGACAAGUGUUGGAUGGGCAGAGGAGAUCCCCAUGGAGACUUUCCUUUAUUACAGAUUUGUUCUGGGGAAUUACAGACUUUGUUGUUCUGUUUUUUCAGAGCAUGGCCCGGCCUGAUAUAUCGAGAAGAGGCUGUUCAAACUCUACGUCCAGCUCGCGGUUUGAUGACGGGAGAGGUCCUCCAGGAUUACCACGCCGGAGAAUGGGAAGGAUCAAUCACGGUUCAGGCCCCAGUCCUCCACCAAUGGCGGGAGGAGGAUGAGGAAGGUAAACGCCUGCUCCUAGAAGCAGGCAUCUAGAGAAGAGCAUGCACCAGGCAAUGGAGUCAAGGCGAAGGCACCUUUCACCGGUCGUGUUUUUCUCUACAUGUGCAAUGCUCUGCAGAGAUGCAGAUUUAUGAUGUGGUGCUGGGAAUUCCUCCUUCAGGAUCCAGUACAACUGAAUCAGCAUAUGUAAAACUGUAAAUGUCUUUUUUUUUUUCUUGUAGUCCUACUUUGUACGGGAGUAUUAGAGAAAAAUAUUUUGUAAGGAAAUGUCAGACUUCGAAACGGAACCACAAUUUCUUUUUUGGAAUCU